UACAACGGUGGCGACAAGGCGAGCGGGUGACGUUCCGGAGGAGGGAGGGGCGGUUCAAGACAUCACUCACAAGGAACGCUGUCAUUAACACAACAUCAAACAGAACGUUUCCAGGUUCCGCUGACCACUGUCCAGCGAGCGAGCAUCAGGUGUCACUUCUCUCAGAAAUGAUGUGAUUCCAAAUUACUGCAACCUGUUAAUUGACUUGUCGGCCGUGCUGUAAACCGAACGAUCUAAGACAACCAUUAAGAAACAAGUGCUCGUCAUUUUCAACGAAGGAUAUACCGUUAAGGCAAGAGUGUCAUAUUAGAACAGUAAGACCAAUUCACAGUUCUAUGUGAAAUGUUAAUGGAUCCAGUACUGAUACGUCUUUUUCUGGGAAUAGGACACGAACGUUGGGAUCAUAUGAUACACACGAGGGGCGUUGUGGCACCCGCACCCAAUCCGACGGCAACGUGUCAUAUUCGGCCUAUGUGAUUGCAUGUAACCCAGAUAGAUGCACGUCCAAGUUCAAUAGCACAACUGUAAAUCCGACAGGAGUCUUACAUUACAGCCUUCGAUUUUACGCUUGAACUUUCAGAAAGGCCACUUCAUGCACAGAGGAGUGUUCUGAAAAUUUUAUUAUUUUUUUUCAUUCGUGCAACAUGUUGUAAAAAUGACUUGAUGAACUAUUUAGCAGUCUGAAUGCAUAGAAGUGGAUUAAAUCUGGCUUGAAGCGAAUGUGAGUAGACAUAAAAUCCCGCAUAACUAGCAAGAACGGAACGGCCAAUGAACGAAGCCUUUGACGGUAUCUCGCCGAAAGCUAAGACUGUGAACUAGUUGCUGGAAGACCAUCUCGAAGGUUCAACUUCCUAAACUGAUAACGGACAACCGGUCGUACGGGCAAGUGCAGAGAAUGGCUAACGUAGAUCUACGAGCACUUAUCAAACUUUUAGGUGUUCUCCUCGUUUUACCUUUAGUCGCCGAUGCAGGUAACGCCACGGAAAAGGCCUGUCCAGUCAAGUUGAGGGAAACUGUUAAAUCGGAAGGGGUGAAGGCUGUUCUGGAGAAGCAUGACACGGCGUUACUGAUGCUGUUAGGCUUUGGCGGUUUUUCUGUCAUCCUGGCACUCAUCCAUAACGCAGUAAGGAAAUACGUGUUUCACGAUGAGCAUAACCUCGACACGACGUUUGACGCCGGUGGCAACGUUUCUCUCAGCCUUACUGCAGUCACCGUCGCCUCUCAGCUUUUCUGGCCUGGGGAUAUCUUGCACAGCGCAACUUUGGCAACAAAGAAUGGCAUCGCUGGACCUUUCUGGUAUGCAGUUGGCAUCAUGGCGAACAUCUUCGUGUUCCCAAUGUUGUCUGUACAGUUCAAAACAAGAGCCCCGGGUGCCAAGACGUACUUGCAGAUUAUUCACGCACGGUUCGGCUCUUCGGCCCACAAGGUGUUCUGCGUGUUUGCUCUCCUCACCAACCUCGUCAUCACCAUCGGCAUCAUCCUCGCGGGACAGGCAGUCAUUCAGUCCCUCACGAAGAACACCUCCGACGAAUUUACAGUCCUUAUCAUGGCGACCCUCUUCGGCUCCUACUCCCUCAUCGGCGGCCUCGGCACCACCUUCUACGUGUCCUACUUCAACGCCUGCCUCGUCUUCAUCCUUCUCAUCGUCUUCGUCGUCAAAAUACUGCACAACUCCGAAUCCCAAUACGACAGCGUAGGAAACGUAGAGAAGAUGUACGAGGCGGUGUCGUGCAUCAAGGCGUCCGACGACACCGAGUACGGCUACCUCUCCUUCAGGUCGAUGUCGGCGUUCCUGUACGGCAUCAUCGAGGUGUUCGUGUCCUCGGCUGUCACAUACUGUGACCAGGCUUCCUGGCAGAGCAGGAUCGCAGCCAAGCCCGUGCAGGGAGUGUGGGGUUUCAUCCUGGCUGGCUUUAUGUGGUUCUCCAUCCCGUCAACGAUGGCGACGACGACUGGGAUGGCCUACCUCGCCAUUAGCUCCACCAACGGCAGCCACAUGCUCCUUCCGGGAGAGAUAGAUGAAGGUCUGGUUACGCCACUGAUCGCGGAGAAGAUUCUGGGGUCGGCGGGAGGAAUUCUUGUCUUGACUAUGGGUGCUAUGGCGUUGAUGUCAACAGGGUCGGGAGAGGUGAUGGCCAUCUCUUCCAUCAUCGUCUACGACAUCUACCAGACAUACAUCAACCCCUUCAGGUAUCAUCUGAAAAGUGUGCAUUGCAUAUUGUGCGGACGAGUGAAACGAGAAGCCGUGACUCAGCAGAAUAAUGACGAGGGGGAUUUCUGCGCAUGCGUUGACGCAACACGUUGCCACCAUUGUGUGACGGACCUGCAGAAAUACAGCAGCAAAAAGUCCUACUCGGCGACCGAGGGGUAUAAAUGCCCAACACACGGCAAGUACCGCGAAUAUCAGGACUACCUCAUUAACUUCAAGAAUAUGUGCAUUGUCUGGGUCACCAUUGGAAUCAUUCCCCUUGGACUCGUUGUGUUCGAAUCAGGCAUGGAUCUGAACUGGAUCUUCUACUCGGGCGCCAUUGCAACCAUCCCGUGUUUCCCGCCGGUACUGUUGUCCAUUCUGUGGGUCAAAGCCACGGGGAAAGGGCUUAUUGCAGGGAGUAUAUGCGGGCUGGUGUGUGGAAUCAGCGCUACUCUGAUAGCCGCAUCUUUCUACGAGGGAGGUCUCAACAAGUUCCUCCUCAACACUGUCCAGGACUACGCCAUCUUAGCAGGAACAUCCAGCAGCUUUGGCGUCAGCCUCAUCGUCUGCAUCCUGGGCUCUCUGAUGACGCACAAGAUCACGUCCUCCGAGGACGAGAGUCACGAAUGGUACAAGAUGUACGACAUCGACAACCCCUUGAACCCCUGGGAGUUGAACUACCGCGAGGAUCUGAAGGGAUACGAGUAUCAAGGGAGACCAUCCUUCGACCAGAUGUUCAGCGCGUUCAAGUCGGCCAAAACCACAGCCUAUAUAGCCGGGAGCUGCGCCAUUGCCCUGUUUGCGCUGGUGAUUCCUUGCAUUAUGGCCAGUUUUCCCAAUAUGGAUUUUACCCAGUUUUCAAUGUGGGUGACAUUCACUCAGAUCUGGGCCAUUGUCAUGGCAAUAAUUGUCAUCAUUGCACCCCCAGCGGAGGAGAUCUCUCGGAUCGUUAAGCAGUGUAGGAAAAACAAGGGCAUGGAUACUCAGGUGAUAAAGAGCCCUAUACCAGAAUGCAACGAACUUAUUGUAAAGGAUAACAACAUUGUGGGCAACAGCGACCAACCAACGCAUGUAUGAACCUGUAGACCGCGGAACAUGGCAAUGGCUAAUUGUUUUGUUCCAAUUCUUGGUUGUGACUUAGAUGCAUUUUGGAGGUGGGACUAGAACCUCACAACCUCUUUCGUAAGUGCGGGUUAUGGUUUCCAUCGAAAUCAGAUGCGGAGCGGUUAACGCGUAAGUGAAUGAAUAUUCUCCAAAAACCAAAAUGGCUGCCAGAGCCGGACUUCAGCCACCGGAAGCGACGACAUCACGCAUGCCAAAACAUGGUACUGUUUGUAAACGAAUACUGCGUUAAGACUGGGGUCUCUACAUCUCCAACCAAGACAGUGGUGAGACAGGAUGAGGGUUAUACGCUGAUACACCCUACAAAGCUAGAUAAGAUCGUAGUUUAGCAAUGUACACGUGGUAACUAUACGAGUGUAUUCCAUAGCAAUGAAGUUGAUAUGUGUUCGUAUCAACGUACACGUGAAUACGUAGGCGUCUUGACGUUUUGUUAGGUAAGUCCGUAGAAAUAGAGUCAUAUUCAACUAUUCCAUGUAUAUCUCUGGCGAUCUUUCAAGUAAUCAGACAGACUAGAAAUUUCGCAUAGAUCGUGUAACUGUGUAUGUUGAUCCUAGAGGACGACACUGUGAAAGGAUUUUUAUUGUGAAGCUUAUUUCGUACGUUCAUAUUUUGAUAUUGAUUUGUUUUUCUAGACUCAUCAUGGAUGUAAUUUGGAUGUAACCAGUUUGUGUGUAACUAGGAACUUAGAGUUCAUGAACAUAACAUUUCAACGAUCCAUUGGGAUGCGUCAGUCAUUCAUACGUUCAAACCAUGACAUAUCAACAUUUCAUGACAUAGUUAAUACUGUUUUCAUUGUGUACCAUACGGAAAGGUAUGCAUACGUUCGGGCUGAAAGAUCAUACGUCAAGGCAGAAACUGAUCAGACAAUGUGAAGGUACCGUACGUCAAGCUAGGGAUGAUUUUCGUCGGGUUUGCAAAACCAUUCGUCAAGGUAGAAAUGUAUUUCUUCGUUAUUUCUCCAUUCGUACGUCAAGGAAAACAGAGUAUAUCGUGGGAAUUUUAUAAGAUUGACAUGGUAGAAUCG